CCGCGGCUGGCGCGGCACGGCCCCCGGGCGGCCCCGGGAGGGGGCGAGGAUGAGGACGGCGAGCGGCUGCUGCGGGACAAGGCGCUGCCCAUCCCGCUGGAGGCGGCGGCGGGGCAGGCCCAGCGCGACCCGCGCUGCCGGCUGCAGCAGUUCUCGCACAUCCGCAAGGACGUGCGGCUGCCGCUGCCGCCCUUCGCGCGCUGCGUGCUCUGGAGCCCCGAGGAUCUCAUCCCGCUGCCGCUGCCCAGGCAGGAGCCCCCUCCCGCCGCGGGACCCCCGCCCGCCCCCGCCGGCGACCCCCGGCUGCUGCGGCCGCCCUCGGACCCGCGGCAGCCGCGGGAGGCUGCUUCAUCAUCAUCAUCGUCAGCAGCAUCAUCAUCAUCAUCCUCCUCGCUGCCCGACUUCGAGCUGCUCUCCAGGAUCCUCAAGAGCGUCACGGCCACCUCGGGGGGGGACAAACCCAGCGACCCCCGCGUCAGGAAGGCUCCUCCCGCCGACCCCCGGCUGCAGAAACCGCUGGAAAGCGGCAAUUCCCAGAAACCCCCGGAGGGCGGCAAUUCCCAAAAACCCGCGGAGGGCGGCAAUUCCCAAAAAAGCCCGGAGCGCUGCGGGGAGCAGGACGAUGCCAUCGCCCCCUACGACCCCCGGCUGAGCUGGGGCAGCUCGGCCCAGAGCAGCAGCAGCGUCCUGAGCGCCAUCAGCCUCUACGACCCCCGGACUCCCAGCAAAGAGCCCCAAAACGAGGGGAAUUCAUCCCAAAAACCCCCCGGCGGCGGUGACGGCGCCCGGCCGGGCCGGCCCAAGGAGCCGCCGUUCGUGCGGCGCUCGGCGCUGGAGCAGCCGGAGCCGCCGGAGCCCACGGACAGGUACAACAGCUACAACCGGCCCCGGGGCAAAGCCGCGGCCCCGGGCGAGGCGGGCAGCGCCCAGCCCGCCCUGCACAACCUGCCCGUGCCCCCCGUGCCCCCCGUGUUCGGCCUGGCCAAGGCCGGCGCCCGCCCGGGCACCGGCAGCCCCUUCCCGGGGGGCAGCCCCGGCCGGGAGCCCCCCGAGGAUGGGGGGGACAAGGGCUCGCUCAAGGACGUCUUCAAGGGCUUCGACCCCACGGCCUCGCCCUUCUGCCAGUGAGGGGGGGGCUGGAACGGGGGGGAAAU